UACACAAUAACAACGUGACCAUGACGAUAUUGAGUCGCCAGGCACUGCGACGUGUAUUCGGUGCGUCUGGCCAUCGUUUUCUACGUAAUAACGGCAUUGGUACCGUCAGAGUUCUCCCAGAACACCAUCACUUGGGCUCAAGCCUUCCCAGACAAUAUGGUACCACAGUGGUACUUGAUCUAAGUGCCAUACAACCAAAAUCUAAACGAUUUGUAACAAGUUACCAAGUGCUGGCGGCAAAACCGCCAACUGGAUUUGGCAAAUUCACAAGGAAAGAUGAUGCAACAGAGGACACAAAUAACAAAGAGACUCCAGCAGCAUCAGAUGACAAAAACCCAAGUGAAAAAGGUAAAGAUAACACAAAUGAAACAAAGGAUCAAAAGAAUGAUGAUGAUCGUAAAGGAUUUGGAAGAUUAAUGGAACCAUAUACAUUGAUUAUCAUAGGCAUAGGGUCAAUGCUACUACUGGAUGUACUAGAUAGCGGUGGAUUGCGCAACGAAAUAACACUACAAGAGUUCAUUGGCAAGUAUCUCAUGAAGGGACUGGUAGAACGUAUACAAAUAGUGAACAAAGAGUUUUGUAGAUGCUCACUGGUUACAGGAGUUGACCAUACAAUGCCACGAGUAGUCAGCUUUAGAAUAGGCUCUUUGGAAGCUUUCGAGCAGAAGCUAGAUGAUAUACAGGCGUCCAUGGGUAUACACCCGCAGGACUAUAUCGGAAUACACUACGUCAACGAAGUAAAUGUACUGGGAGAAUUGAAACAUUAUAUACCCUUCAUGGUGGUAAUGAUGCUGCUUGGAUUAGGGCUGCGUAAAUUGACAGUCAGAAGCACUGGUGGAAUGGACCGCUUCUUUAGAAUGGGAAAGAUGAACAUAGUAGAUGCCAAGGACGUCAAAGUUGAUGUUAAGUUCAAAGAUGUAGCCGGUAUGCACGAAGCUAAAAAGGAGAUUAGCGAGUUUGUUGAUUUCUUAAAAAACCCAAAGGCAUACGAACACUAUGGCGCAAAGAUACCGAAGGGAGCACUUCUUUGUGGAGCACCGGGUACAGGUAAAACACUACUGGCAAAGGCCGUAGCAGGUGAAGCGAACGUACCAUUUUACUCAAUAUCAGGAAGUGAUUUCAUAGAAGUGUUCGUAGGAGUAGGGCCAUCGAGGGUCCGGGAUCUAUUUGAAAAAGCAAGGAAAAACGCACCAGCAAUUGUAUUCAUUGAUGAAAUUGACGCCGUAGGAAAGAAACGCGCUAAAGGAGGCUUCUCAGCAGGAGCUAACGAUGAAAGAGAGAAUACACUCAACCAGAUACUGGUCGAAAUGGACGGUUUCAAGUCAAGUAGCGGAGUUAUAGUACUGGCCGGCACCAACAGAGCGGAUAUCCUGGACCCAGCUUUAGUGAGGCCGGGAAGAUUUGAUCGCACAAUUACUAUCAACAAACCGGAUCUAGACGAACGGUUUGAAAUAUUUAAAGUACACCUAUCACCAAUCAAAUUGAACAAGAACCUUGAUAUGGAUGAUGUGGCACGCAGGCUAGCUGCACUCACACCCAGCUUCGUGGGAGCGGAAAUAGCCAACGUGUCAAAUGAAGCAGCAAUACAGGCAGUUAGGCGCAAGAGCACCGACGGAGUAUCGCUGGCGGAUUUUGACGCAGCAAUUGAACGUGUUAUGGCAGGAUUACGUAGGUCCAACGCACUGCUGUCGCCAGCGCAAAAGCUGGCUGUGGCGUACCACGAAGUGGGACAUGCCCUAAUCGGAUGGUGGCUAGAACAUGCGGACCCGGUGCUAAAGGUAUCAAUCAUACCCAGGAGCAGUGGAGCACUAGGAUUUUCACAACAAUUGCCAGAUGAAGCCAUGCUAUUCAGCAGAGAGGCAUUACUAGACAAGGUAGCAGUAAUGCUAGGAGGACGUGCUGCAGAGGAUAUAUUUAUAGGACGUAUUACCACAGGUGCUACAGACGACCUGAACAAAGUAACACGCAUGUGCUAUGCUUUCGUCUCGCAAUGGGGAAUGAACCCAGCAUUAGGAUUGGUAUCAUACCAGCGCGGAUCCGGUGAUGAACCGGAAUUCUAUCGCACAUAUUCCGAAAACACAGCGCAACUCAUAGAUACCGAAGUAAGGACAAUGAUAGAAAGCCAAUACGCACGAGUGAAGAGCAUGCUCAGAGAAAAAGCUGAACUUGUACAUAAACUGUCUAAGCUACUCUACCAAAGAGAGACCAUCACAUACCACGAUAUCGCAUCGUGCAUUGGAGAACGAGAGUUCCCUGUUGAAGAGAAGCUGCGCCCAUAUGUACUAAGCGGAAUUGAAGGAAGGGUUGAACCCAUCAAAUUGCCAGAAACUACAGGCGAAGCUAUAAACGAAAUUAAGGGCACCGAGAAAAGCGAUGACAAUACCCAAGAGACCAACUCAGAAGUGUCUAAAUAAAAUACUAACAGAAUGUUAAGUAUAAUUAGU